CCCCAGAGGAGGCGGGGGAGGAGAAGUGCGUGUGGAUGAUGUCCAUCCUGCGGCUGCUGCCUUCCAGGUGCGUGGGACGAUGGCUGGGCAGUGAGGAGCACGUGCGGUCAGUGUCGUGCGAGAAUCGAACGUCAAAGCCGCCCACGCCCUCGACGAGCGCCCAGAAAAACACUCCCGAACAGUCCCCAUUUAAACCACUUAAACCGAUUCGCCAACUCUACAGAAUAAAAUAAUCGCCACACCGCUCUGGCCCUGCCAAUCUCAUUCAUCCAAUUCGCUCACCCUCCGCCGUGGAGAUGGCAGAGGCGAGAGGUGCGUGCGGAAUGAAAACAUCGCAAAGUCUUGGCAAAACAGAACGGGCCGCCGUCGAUAAGAUGCCCAACCCUUCCUCACGUGCCAGCAGAAUCGGCGGGAUGAGCCAAAAUCAGCCCACCGGGCCAAAUGGCACACGCGGCGCUCCUGGGCCCCGUGAUCAAAAACCAGGGCGGCACCUUCUGAUAUGCGGAGGGGGCGGCUGUGGGGGCGGUGGCGGUGGCAGCAGGGACGGCUCCAUUGCGGACGACGCCCCCGAGGACGUGGGAGGGGGGAGCGGAGUGAGCGGGGUGAGUGGGGGGCCCCGAGGGUCUCCGGAAGAUUCGCCUCUCGGCACGUUUCUGCCAUUCAUCGCGAUGGACUGCGUGCUGCUGCACAUCGACGACGACGACGACGACGACCACCGCAGUGAGGACAGCGACGUUUGGCAGCCCGACCAAGGCCCUGACGCCGUCACGGAGCGGCGAGCGCCGAGCGCCGAGCUUUCCUCCGCCGCCAGCGAGCGGUCGGAGCGAGCCGGGUGCUGCCUGAACGGUGGGGGGGAGGAGGAGCAGGCAGAGGAGGAGGAGAUGGCGGUAGAGGAGUUGGGAGAGGCCCGCGAGACGACGUGGGAAGCGGAAGAAAGCCAGCCGCCGGUCGCGGGGAGCGGCGGCAGCGGUGGCACCUCGAAGCGCCGGAUGGAUGGGGACAGCCUCCCCAUUGUUUGCAGCGCGGAGAAGCUGGUGGAGCCUGCGGGAGAUGGGGCCAGCGGCCCUGGCCGGCCAGCGACGGCAACGGUGGUGUCCAGCCAAGAGCCGCAGUCACCCCCUGCCACGAUGGUGGAGGGAGCUGAGCGGUCGUUCUCCAGGCAAGACUCCAUGGUGCUGCUCAUGAAGAAGCUCGACCAGCUGGACCUGGACAUCGAGGAGGCUCUGAGCGCACCGUGCACGCCCAGCGGGACGCCCGUCCUGAAGAGACGCAAGAUGCCGGUUGCCGUCGAGCAGGGGCAGAACAUCCUCCGCGUCAAACAGAAGCCGCCGCCGUCUGCACGGAGAGCCGUGCUGCCGGGAAAGAUGGACAAGGACAAGGCCGAGAUCGAAGCCAAGGAGGCGUGCGAUUGGCUGAAAGCGGCAGGCUUCCCGCAGUACGCCCAGCUCUACGAAGAUUCGCAGUUCCCCAUUGACAUCGCCGCUGUGGAACGGGACCACGACUUCCUCGACUGGGAUUCGUUUGAAUCUGUGUGCAGACGGCUCAAUGCCCUUAACAAGUGGGCCUCGAUGAGAAUCGACACGACCCCGCUCAGGAAGAGAGGCGACGACUCCGACGAGGAUGAGCAGUGCGCGCUGAGCGGCAAGUGGACCUUCGAGCGCUCGAGCCGGCGCUGGUCGCGCGUCGACCAGCCGGGCACACCGGGUGUGCCGGGUGUGCCGAUUGCGGCACCAGUACCGGGCGGCCGCGUGAGCUCGCCAAGCGAGCCGCUCAAGACGCUGUCGGUGCUCGCGGAGGGCGGCGGCGGCGGCAAAGCCGCGGCGGACGCCGCCCCCGGAAGGACGGCGCGACCCGAACGCCCGGCGGGCGGCGCAGCGUUCGGUUCGGACCCCGGCGGCCUCGCCGCCGAACCCGGCCCCUCCCCGGCGAAAUCGUCGUCGUCGUCGACGUCGUCGACGGCGCGAGAGAGAGACGGGCGAGCCAUGCGCGACCUGGGCGCGAGCACGCUGCCCGCGGCGCUGGCGCGCGAGGUCCUCGGCCGCAAGCUCCCGGACGCCUCCCCGGCGGACGAGAAGCACCGCUCCAAGGCCAAGAGCCUGCUCAAGCGCGUCGAGAACCUGCGCCUCCGCAAGCAGCAGCAGCAGCGGCGCAAGGCGGCGGCGACGCUUCCCUCGCGCAAGGAGCCCCUCGUGAUCAGCGGCCCCGUGCCGAGGCCGGCCCCGGACCGCGCCGCGGCGCGGCCGGGCCUCGCCGACGCGGCCGGGGACGGCGACGGGAGGCUCGCCGGGGUGGCGGGGGGGGGCCGAGACGAGCGGGGGGACGACUCCAGCCUGGCGGCCAUCGCCGAGCGCAACCGGCGCAACGGCGCGGCGUCGCGCUCGCAGGAGAGCCUCGCGUUCCACCUGCCGCGCGACCACAAGCCCGGCACGUUCCCGCGCGCCCUCUCCAGCGAGAGCCUCUCGCCCACCACGGGCCGGGGGCCGGGCGGCGCCGGCGGGCGGUUCGGCGACGGCGGGUUCUUCCUCGGAGGCCGGCUCGGGGACGCACGCUACGACGGCGACGACGACGGCACGGACGCGUCGCGCGAGUCCCUGCCGGCCGCCGGCUCCCGCCACGCCCGGCACCCCUUCCAGCACCAGCACGGCUACGGCAGCCUCGGCGGGCAGCACCGGCGAUGCCACCGCCAGCGCAGCAGCUCGUUCGGCUCCACGGGCAGCCGCCUGAGCCUCUACGACAACGUGCCGUGCGGCGGCGGCGGCGGCGGCAGCAGCAGCGCCGGCGACCUCUCCGACGCGGACGCCGGUGGCGCCGGCGGAGGGGCGUUCAGCGGCUUCGACGCGCUGCUGUCGCACGUGGCCGACAUGCAGCGCUCGGUGGACUCGUGGACGCGCCAGGUGUGGAGCGAGCUCGAGGUGACGGAGAGCGCCGGCGGCGGGCGCCGGCUUUCCGAGGCCCAGUCCGGCUCGGCACCGUCGCUCGGCUCGGCGGCGGAGGGAGCCGAGCCGGGCGGGGAGAGCGCGGGGCGGGGAGACGACGCGGUGGCGGCGUCGCCGGUGCCGCCGGCGGAGUCGCUACCGGAGCUGGACGACGCGGAGGGCGGCGCCGCGCGGGAGCGGAGGGACUCGGGCGUGGGGGCGUCGCUCACGAGGCCAAACCGGCGCGCUCGCCUGCGCUGGCCGAGCUUCCAGCGCUCGCACUGCCCCCGCCACGCCGGCUCGGCGGCGCUGCAGCUGCAUGCGCAGUCGGUGGCGCAGCUCAACCUGCUGCAGAGGUUCGCCCUGCUGCGACUCACGGCGCUCAUCGAGAAGCACUCGCCCUCCAACAAGCACGGCUGGAACUGGGCCGUGCCGCGCUUCAUGAAGAGGGCCCGCGCCCCGGACUACCGCGACAAGGCCGUGUUCGGGGUGCCGCUGCUCGUCAACGCCCAGCGCACGGGCCAGCCGCUCCCCCAGAGCAUCCAGCAGGCCAUGCGGCACCUGCGCAACCACGGCCGGGACCAGGUCGGCCUCUUCCGCAAGUGCGGCGUCAAGUCGCGCAUCGAGGCCCUGCGGCAGAUGAACGAGGCGUCGCCCGAGGGCGUCGACUACGGCGAGCAGUCGGCGUACGACGUCGCCGACUUGCUCAAGCAGUACUUCCGCGACCUCCCCGAGCCGCUGCUCACCAGCAAGCUGUCCGACACCUUCCUGCUCAUCCACCAGUUCGUGCCCAAAGAGCAGCGGCUGGCGGCCGUGCAGGCCGCCGUGCUGCUCCUGCCGGACGAGAGCCGGGAGGCGCUGCAGUCGCUCCUCUUCCUGCUCAGCGACGUCGCCGCCUGCGUCGCCGACAACCAGAUGACGCCGGGGAACCUCGCCAUCUGCCUGGCGCCCUCCAUCUUCCACCUCAACACCGCCAAGCGCGAGCACUCGUCCCCGAGAUCCAUCCAGCGCAAGCACAGCAUGGGCAAGCCCGACCACAAGGACCUGACGGAGAACCUCGCUGCCACGCAGGGCCUCACGCACAUGAUCUCCGAAUGCAAGAAUCUGUUCCAGGUGCCGCCGGAGAUGCUGAAGCAGAGCCAGGGCUCCGGCGAGCCCACCGCCCGGCCCCGCCGCUCCUCCCUCCCCUCGUCGCCCUCCUCCUCCGCCUCCUCCACCUCGUCCUCCUCCUCCGUCGCCUCCUCCUCCUCGUCGUGCGAGGGCGACGCCGACAGGGAGGCGGAGGGGAGCCGGCGGUGGCCGGCGGCGCUGGCGCCGGCGCCGUGCGACCCGGCGGAGCUGCGCGCCGCGCUGGACGAGCGGAUCGAGGGGCUGCUCAAGGAGGCGCGGGACAAGUUCAGGGGCUGGACGGCCGCCCAGAGCCACGAGCACCACGUGGAGCUCUCCUACAGGAAGGUGGAGGACGGCGCGCCGCUGCGAGCGUGGCGCGCCAGCGUGGAGGUGGAGGCGACGGUGGCCGAGGUGGUGCAGCGCGUGCUGCACGAGCGGGCGCUCUGGGACGACGGGCUGGUGCAGGAGCGCCGCGCCGUCGCCGCCGCCGACCGCACCGACCUCGUGCAGUUCGCCACGGACGCAAUGGCGCCCCAGCCCACCCGCGACCACGUGCUGAUCAGGACGUGGCGCUGCGACCUCCCGCGCGGCGCCAGCGCCGUCGCCGCCGUCUCCGUGCCGGCGCCGGAGGCGCCCCUGGCCGGCGGCGUGCGCGCGCACACGUACGACGCACGCUACCUCGUGGAGCCCCUGGCGCCCGCACGCUGCAGGCUCACCUACGUCUGCCGCAUCGACAUGCGGGGUCGAACCUCCGACUGGUACGUCAAGGUGUUUGGGCACCUCUGCGCGUCCGAGGUGGCACGCAUCCGCGACUCCUUCCAGGCGUCCGACGGCCCCGAGACAAAGAUUUGAGCGUUCUCCACGACGACACCGCAAGCUCCCAAGUGAGGUCGAUCCAGACAGCGACGUCCCAUCCAUCGAGAGACACGAGGGGACACGAGAGACACGAGGAGGACACGGGCGGCGAUUUCCGCCCACGCUGCUGCCGCUGCCUCGGGACCGCGACGGCCGAUGG